GUUACUUCCUCCAGCCGCCUCCUUCCUGCGGGGCGGGGAGGGCGCUAUCGGUUCCGUCUCCAUCCUGCUUCGGAGGUCGAGCGGUGGACUGCGGGUCAAAGUCAAACUCUUCCCCAGUUAAAUCCCGCCUGAGCAGCAGCAGCAGCUCCGCGCAUCCAUCUGCGGUCAUGGACUUCUCCAUCAGAGCGGCGAACGUGGAGGACUGCAAGGACAUCGCGCGGAUGAUCAGGGAGCUGGCAGAGUACGAGAAGGUGGCUGAUCAUGUUAAAGUCACACAGAGAGACUUGGAGCAGGACGGCUUCUCCAAGAAUCCGUUCUUUCACGGCAUCGUCGCCGAGGUGCCGGAACAGCACAGAACCAAAGAAGGACAUACGAAGAUUGGCUACGCACUUUACUUCUACUCCUACAGCUCCUGGGCAGGAAGAGCCAUUUACAUGGAGGAUUUGUACGUGAUGCCAGAAUUUCGAGGGAAGGGAAUCGGAAAAGCACUUAUGAGCAAGGUAGCACAGCUGGGUCUGGCCGCUGGAUGCAACCAGCUCAACUUUACGGUUCUGGACUGCAACAAGUCAUCUGUGGACUUUUACCUCAGCCAGGGCUGCUUCGAUAUCACGGAUAAAAUCGGCUACCACUGCAUGCGCUGCGAGGGUGAGGCACUGGAGCACCUGGCACAGCCUUAACCCGACGCUGCGACUUUUGAAACCCUGGAAGUCUGUCCGGGUGACGCAGAGCUCCAUUUUACGGCCCAUUGUUUAAAACGUCAUAAUGGUUUGUAAAUUAGUGGCUUUUUCUUGCCAAACCUUUUGCACCUUAAGUUAUUAAUUAUUUAUCCGUCGGACCUUAAAGCCAUUUUUUUUACGGCUCGAAUUACCCAUGAAAAUUAUGCAAAAAU